CCCGCAGCCCCGCCACUCCUCCCGUGUGUGCCGGACCCUCCCCGGGGCCUCGGAGCCGCGCGGUCUUGCCUGAUUGGGGUCUGCUGCGCGGAAAACGUGGCAGGCCAUCUGCGACUCCGGGUCGUCGGGCUGCGCCUUGAUCAGGUCGAACAGAGUCGGACACAACUGAAGCGACUUAGCAGCAGCAGCAGGUGGCAGCAGGUGGUGCUAGUGGUAAACAACCCAUCUGCCAUAAGAGAUUCCAGUUCCAUCCCUGGGUCAGGAAGACCCCCUGGAGGAGGGCAUGGCUUCCCACUCCAGGGUUUUUGCCUGGAGAAUCCCCAUGGACAGAGGAGCCUGGCAGGCUACAGUCCAUGGGGUCGCACAGCGUCGGGCACAAGUGAAGAGAUGACUCUCAUUACAGGGGACUGGAAUGCAAAAGUAGGAAGUCAAGAAACACCUGGUGUAACAGGCAAAUUUGGCCUUGGAGUACAGAAUGAAGCAGGGCAAAGACUAAUAGAGUUUUGCCAAGAGAACACACUGGUCAUAGCAAACACCCUCUUCCAACACAAGAGAAGACUCUACACGUGGACAUCACCAGAUGGUCAACACCAAAAUCUGACUGAUUAUAUUCUUUGCAGCCAAAGAUGGAGAAGCUCUAUACAGUCAGCAAAAACAAGACCAGGAGCUGACUGUGGCUCAGAUCAUGAAAUUCUUUUUGCCAAAUUCAGACUGAAAUUGAAGAAAGUGGAGAAAACAACUAGACCAUUCAAGUAUGCCCUAAAUCAAAUCCCUUAUGACUAUACAGUGGAAGUGGGAAAUAGAUUUAAGGGAAUAGAUCUGAUAGACAGAGUGCCUGAUGAACUAUGGAACAACAGACUGGUUCCAAAUAGGAAAAGGAGUACAUCGAGGCUGUAUAUUGUCACCCUGCUUUUUUCACAUAUAUGCAGAGUACAUCACGAGAAAUGCUGGGCUGGAGAAAGCAUAAGCUGCAAUCCAGAUUGCCAGGAGAAAUAUCAAUAACCUCAGAUAUGCAGAUAACACCACCCUUAUGGCAGAAAGUGAAGAAGAACUAAAGAGCCUCUUGAUGAAAGUGAAAGAAGAGAGUGGAAAAGUUGGCUUAAAGCUUGGCAUUCAGAAAACUAAGAUCAUGGCAUCCAGUCCCAUCACUUCAUGGGAAAUAGAUGGGGAGACAGCGGAAACAGUGGCUGACUUUAUUUUUCUGGGCUCCAAAAUCACUGCAGAUGGUGAUUACAGCCAUGAAAUUAAAAGACGCUUACUCCUUGGGAGGAAAGUUAUGACCAACCUAGACAGCGUAUUAAAAAGCAGA